GGUGACAUUGGCUUGCCAGGACUACCAGGACCCCCAGGCUCAGCAGGCAUUGCUGGGACGCCGGGACAGCCGGGCCUGAGAGGGGACAAUGGGCAGCCUGGCCCGCCAGGUCCCCCAGGAGAGAGGGGUUUGAUCGGCUUUCCCGGGAGAGAUGGCACCCCUGGACCACCGGGACCUGCAGGGCCCCCAGGGCCAGCCGGCAUACAAGGGGCCUCUGGCCUGAAGGGUGACAAGGGUUUGCCUGGGAACCGGGGGGCGCGUGGGGACAAGGGAGAUGCUGGGGCCCCAGGGCCCAAAGGAGACAAGGGCGAUACUGCAGUGGUGGAGGGGCCUGCCGGAGCGCGGGGCAGCAAGGGGGAGCCGGGAGAGCGUGGCCUGAAGGGCACAGAAGGGGACAAGGGGGACAAGGGGGAGCAAGGCAUGCCUGGAGAGAAGGGGGCGAGGGGUGAGCAAGGUGAGAAGGGCUCCACGGGCUUCCCCGGGGCACGCGGCCCUGGAGGGCAGAAGGGCCAGCCUGGCCGCAACGGGAUCCCCGGAGCCCGGGGAGAGAAGGGUGACAUGGGACCCCUGGGCAUGCGUGGCCCCAAGGGUGACCGGGGCAUGAAAGGCGCCUGCGGCAUCAAUGGGGACAAGGGCGAGAAGGGAGAGCCAGGGAUCCCAGGGCGCUCGGGGCUGCCGGGGAGGAAAGGCGAACCGGGAGAGCUGGGUCUGUCGGGACCACCAGGCAUCCCCGGGAAGGAGGGGCUCAUGGGACCCAAGGGUGACCGGGGAUUCGACGGGCAGCAGGGAGCCAAAGGAGACCAGGGGGAGAAAGGAGACCGGGGUGCCCCAGGCAUUAUUGGUGGCCCUGGUCCCCGGGGUAGUGACGGUGCUCCUGGUCCCCCCGGUCCCCCAGGGAGCAUUGGCCCACGAGGUCCCGAGGGCAUACAGGGCCAGAAGGGGGAGAGAGGUCCCCCUGGACAGUCGGUGCCAGGGGCCCGUGGUGUGCCUGGCAUCCCUGGCGAGAGAGGAGAGCAGGGCAGUCCCGGCACCCAGGGACUCCGUGGGGAGAAGGGGGAGCCGAGCAUGACGCCGUUCCCCGCUGGCAGCGCUCACUCGGUCCCUGUGCUCAAGUUGUCACACACUGAGGAAGAGAAGGGGCAGGACAGGCAGGUCAUGCUCAACACUGACGACCUUGAGUACGAGAGCAUGUAUGGGGAAGAGGAGGAGGACUACGAUGAGGUCCCAGAGAUGGACAGCUUGGAGCAGCCUGCGAUGAGCG